AUGAUCAGCGUACAAAAUAUGAACCUUCCAGAAGAUGAUAAGACAUCAGAGCAACAACUUGCAAGAAGUGAUGCUCUGCAGCAUGUGGGAUUGAACCCGUCUUUGUUUGCCAGUCUUGCUGGCCAAGGCUACAACGUUCCCAGCUCGUUGAAUGCGAGCUCAUUGAAUGCCAGGCAGCAAGCUGGUCUUGGACUUGGAUACCCACUGGGUUUCAGCGGCAGCAUUCCUGCUUCGCUGCAAGCCCAAUUGUUGAUGGGUAGAUCUCAUCUACUCAAUCCAUUCCCCGGCCUAUCGGCUUCAUCUCAUCUGAAUCCCUUGAAUCAAUCCGCUUUUGCUUCUGGCAUGCAAGCUCUACAACAAAGUAAUGGAUCGCAAGAUCAACAGCAGUCGCAACAACGUGGACGACCAAAUGCCAACGAGAUCAAGGAAGCGCUUGCUACGCUAGCUGCAGCUACUGCCCCAGUUGGUGCUUCAUCAGGGCCUCAAAAGUCGACCUCGGCCACAACCCAGGCUUCUCUACCAGUCGUUGUCUUUAUGGACUGUGAUGAAGAGAGUCUGUCUGACUACCAAUGUUUACUGCGAAAGCAAAUCGAGCUCUUUGAAGCAACUACCAAUGAUGUCCAAUGGAAUGCUCAAGGCCGAAACAAGGCUAUUGUUCUCGGCCAAGUCGGUAUUAGAUGCAGAUGGUGUGCUAACCUUCCCACUUGGUCUAGAUCUCGAGGAGCUGUCUACUAUUCCGCCACAUUGGACGGACUAUAUCAAGCUGCCCAAAACAUGGCAAAGAACCACCUUUGCAAGCACUGCAGAUACAUUCCUGCUGACGUUCGUCAGAAUCUGACUGGGCUACGGGAAUGCAAGCGCCGUGCCGCUGGCGGAAAGAAGUAUUGGGCAGAGGGGGCAAAGGUUUUGGGAAUCUACCAAUGUGAAGAUGGGCUACGUUUCAAGAACUCCAAGAUCCCAGCACCAGCCAAGAACAACAACAGUGAGAUCGAAAGGCAAUCAUCACAACUAACAAUGUAA